AUGGCACCAUCAUUAGUAGCAACUUAUUCCGUUGAUCCAAAAGAAACCAACUUCAUCAACAAAAGUUACCAAACUACCCACAUCUUCAAAUCAAAAUUACCAGACAUACCCAUCAACAAUACCAUUCCUCUCCACACUUAUUCCUUUCAAAAACUCCCCCAAGUCUCCAACCGCCCCUGUCUCAUCACCAGCGAUGGCAAGGAGUACACCUAUGCUGAUGUCCACCGCGCUUCUAGAAGCUUCGCCAUGGGCCUUUUCAACCUUGGAAUCCGCAAAGGUGACAUCAUAAUGAUCCUACUCCCAAACUCUCCGGAAUUCGUGUUCUCCUUUUGGGCUGCUUCUAUGCUCGGCGCAGCGUCCACCCUUGCCAAUCCUUCUUACACAUCUCUUGAAAUCACGAAGCAGCUCAAAGCCACCAAGGCCAAAAUCGUCAUCACACAUGCCAUGCACGUGCACAAGCUCAAACAAGAACAACAAGAAGAAAACACAUUUAUAGUGAUAACUGUGGACAAGCCACCAGAGAAGUGCAUGAGUUUCUCGACGGUUUCCAGAAAUGAAGGAAAGCUGCCAGAGGUGGAUAUUAACCCUGACGACAUGGUGACACUUCCAUUUUCCUCCGGCACGACGGGGUUAUCAAAGGGUGUGGUUCUAACACACCGGAGUCUGGUAACAAACGUGGCUCAGCAGGUGGAGGGAGAGAACCCUAACUUGCACCUCAAGGAAGAGGAUGUAGUGCUUUGUGUGCUACCCUUGUUUCACAUUUACGCACUACAUUGUGUGAUGUUAUGCUCUAUGAGAGUAGGGUGUAAGGUGUUGCUUAUGGAGAAGUUUGAGAUGAGAAGGAUGUUGGAACUUGUGCAGAAGCAGAGGGUUUCAGUAGUGAUGGCAGUACCGCCGUUGGUGGUGGCACUGUCAAAGAACCCGGCAGUGGAGGAGUAUGACCUUAACUCCAUCAGGAUGGUGAUGUCUGGAGGUGCCUCGCUUGCAAAUGACAUUGAGGAGGCUUUUCAUAGUAGGUUGCCUCAAGCAAUCCUUCGACAGGCUUUAGGAAUGACAGAAUCAGGACCAGUGAUAUCUAUGUCAUUAAGUUUUGCAAAAUAUCCAAUGACAACUAAAUCACGAUCGUGUGGCAGUGUUAUUAGAAAUGCAGAAAUGAAGAUCAUUGACCCUCUAACUGGCUCUUCUCUCCCUCGUAAUAUGUCGGGUGAAAUUAGCAUCCGAGGUCAACAGAUCAUGAAAGGAUACCUGAAUAAUGAGAAGGCGACAGCAGAAGCUAUUGAUAAAGAGGGUUGGCUUCAUACAGGUGAUAUUGGGUAUGUGGAUGAUGAUGAUGAGCUUUUCGUUGUUGAUAGACUCAAGGAGCUCAUCAAAUUCAAAGGCUUUCAGGUAGCUCCGGUAGAACUUGAAGUCCUUCUUAUGACCCACCCUUCCAUUCAAGAUGCUGCUGUUGUCCCGCAAAAAGAUGAUGUAGCGGGUGAAGUUCCAGUUGCUUUUGUGGUGAGGUCAUCAAAUGAUCCUAUUACUGAGGAUGCUAUAAAGGACUUUAUAGCUAAACAGGUAGUAUUUUACAAGAGGUUACAUAGAGUAAUUUUCAUUGACGCAAUCCCAAAAUCUUCAAUCGGCAAGAUAUUACGAAAAGAACUCAAAGCAAAGCUCGCUAGCUACCAUUAA